AUGGGUUUCGUAGUGGCAGGUGCAGCAACUGCUGGCCGAUUGGGCAUCAAGGCCUUCCAAGAAUAUCAAAAGAGACCAAAAGCACCGAGACUCUCAAAAUUCUACAAAGGAGGGUUUGAUCCAAAAAUGAAUAAAAGAGAAGCCGCCCUCAUUCUUGGUUUGAGGGAAGCAAAUAUGACAAGGCAGAAAAUCAAAGAGGCACAUAGAAAGAUCAUGUUGUUGAAUCACCCAGAUCGAGGAGGCUCACCAUUCCUAGCGUUGAAGAUUAACGAAGCAAAAGAAUUUUUAGAAGGAAAAGUGAAGAAAUAA